AUGGCGCCUCGCUGGUUUGAGAAAGUCGAAUCCAAGGCCAAAAAGCUGUUGUCUCCUUCGACUCCUUCACCAUCACCUUCGCCGACACCGUCUCAGCCUGCAUCUGAACCAGAAGCUCGACCAACAUCUCAGCCAACGCCUUCUCCACCCACCUCGACAGAUUCCGAAACCUCACCGCUGCCGAAUCUACAGGAGCGACUUUGGAACCAGGCCUACGACGAGCUCAAAGCGAGCGAGCCCAAACUGGUCGAAGCGUAUGAGAAGAUCCUAUCCGUUGGACUUCACCGAAAGGACCCGAGCUCUGUUACUUGCGAAUCAACGGAAAACGAGAUAGAGGGGGCUCGUGAGACAAGAUGCCGCCAAAUGCAGCAGUUAGUCCGGGAUGGACUAGACCGGACGCAGAAAGCAGCGUCCAUCAAGCGAGGAAUCGACGAAGGCUUGCAGGCAGUGCAAGCGGUGAGAGGGAUAGUGGACAAGGCGAUACAGGCCGCACCGGAAGCCGCCAUCGCCUGGGUUGGCGUCUGUCUUGGACUAGAGAUCCUUUCGAACCCCGUCACCGAGGCACGCUACAAUCGAAAUGGCAUCGCCUACGUCCUGUCGAGAAUGGAGUGGUACUGGAACCUCGUGUCCCUACUUCUCGACGAGAAUAAGGCAGAGCAGUCCUCUGCGGGACUGCGAGUCCAACUAGAGAAGCACGUCGUGCUGCUAUACGAGAAACUUCUCUCGUAUCAGGUGAAGAGCGUCUGCCUUUACCACCGUAACUGGGCUGCCGUGGUCUUGAGGGACGUGUUCCGACUAGAUGACUGGGCUGGCCAGCUCGACGAGAUCCAAAAAGCCGAGGCUUCUGUUCGAACAGACUCGGAUCAAUACAACAUUGAACAGAGCCAGAUCUAUCUCCGAAAACUCAACGACGCCGCAAGCGCUCUAGAGAUAAAUCUUCAAGACAUCCAUUCGGCCAUCAAGGAUCAAACACGACAGCAAGAGAAGAGAUACCAAGACGCCAAGUAUGAGAAAUGUAUGCAGGAUCUGCACGUGACUUAUCCACGCGAGGAUAAGAAGCGAAUCCAAGACACGAAGGGUGGCUUACUCAGGGACUCGUAUCGCUGGAUUCUUGACCACGCCAAAUUCCAGCAAUUUCGCGACGAUCCGCAGAGUCGGCUGCUCUGGAUCAAGGGUGACCCUGGCAAAGGCAAGACCAUGCUCCUGUGCGGCAUCAUCGACGAACUAGAGAAGGGAUCAAACAAUCUUGUUUCCUAUUUCUUCUGCCAGGCCACUGAGACUCAACUAAGCAAUGCGUCGUCUGUGCUGCGUGGCCUCAUCUACCUCCUUAUCAUCCAGCAACCGUCGCUCAUCUCGUACCUUCGGUCCAAGCACGAUGUUACAGGCGAGAAACUCUUCCAAGGCAUUAAUGUCUGGGUGUCUCUGGUCGAGAUACUCACAGACAUGCUGAAGGACCCGACUUUGAAAGAUGUAGUCUUGGUCGUCGACGCCCUUGACGAGUGCAUUACCGAUCGACCCCAGCUUCUUGAUUUCAUCAUCCAAUCGUCGUCCACUCCUUCAUCCCGCGUCAAGUGGAUCAUAUCCAGUCGCAACUGGCCAGACAUUGAGGAUAAACUUGACAGUACGAAGCAGAAAGUCAGGUUGCCCCUCGAGUUGAACAAGGACUCAAUCUCAAAGGCUGUUGAUAUGUAUAUUGGAUACAAGGUGGAUCGAUUGGCAUGCCAUAAGAAAUACGACAAGGAAACAAGGGACGCUGUCGAGAAUUACUUAACCUCUAAUGCCGACGGCACGUUUCUCUGGGUCGCCUUGGUCUGUCAAGAGCUCGCAGAUCCCAAGGUCCGAAAACGGCAUACGCUCAACACGUUAAAGUCAUUCCCUCCGGGGCUUGAUUCGCUCUAUGACCGAAUGAUAGGGCAUAUCGGUGAUUCGAAGGAUGCGGACCUUUGCAAGGAAGUCCUGGCCAUCGCUUCGGUCGUAUACCGACCUAUAACCUUGGAUGAGUUGAAGGUUCUUAUUGAGUCGCUCGAGGACCUCGACCAGGACGACUUGGAAGAAAUCAUCAGAUCCUGCGGUUCUUUCCUGACUCUUCGAGAAGGUGUCAUCUACUUUGUGCAUCAAUCAGCCAAGGACUUCCUGCUUAACAAGGCAUCUGACCAAAUCCUACCAUCUGGCGCCGCGCACCAGCACCAUGCUAUCUUCUCGAGGUCGUUGGAGGCUCUCUCAGAGACUCUCGAACGUGACGUUUACGAACUGGGCGUCCCAGGGUUUCCCAUCGAUGAGGUCUCGCUGCCCGACCCUAACCCAUUGGCUUCGAUCCGAUACUCUUGCGUCUACUGGGUUGACCAUCUCGACAACUCGAAUCCCACAGAGAGGAUAAGUGACAACAGGGAUCUACAGGACGGUGGCGUCGUCCAUGAAUUCGUCCAAAAGAAGUAUCUAUGUUGGCUAGAAUCUCUCAGUCUCUUACGCCGUAUGUCGGAGGGAGUCAACGCAGUACACAAGCUCGAGGCUUUAGUGAGAAACAUGGGAGCGCAGCAACUGACAAAACUGCUUCAAGACGCGCGCCGUUUCAUUCUUUCCCAUAAAAGGCCGAUCGAGAUUGCUCCAUUGCAGGCCUAUGCGUCAGCACUCGUGUUCAGUCCAGAACACAGCCUCAUUAGAGAGGUCUUCAAGAAGGAGGAGCCGAAUUGGAUGAUAUCGAAACCGAGAAUGGAAGCGGAUUGGAACGCGUGCCUGCAGACGCUUGAGGGCCAUGGCGGUUCGGUGAACUCGGUGGUGUUCUCACCAGAUGGCCAACGUCUUGCAUCAGGCUCGGUCGAUAACACAGUCAAGAUCUGGGAUGCAGCAACGGGCGCGUGCCUGCAGACGCUUAAGGGCCAUGGCAGUUUGGUGAAGUCGGUGGUGUUCUCGGCGGAUGGCCAGCGUCUUGCAUCAGGCUCGGUCGAUAACACAGUCAAGAUCUGGGAUGCAACAACGGGCGCGUGCCUGCAGACGCUCGAGGGCCAUAGCGGUUCGGUGAACUCGGUGGUGUUCUCGGCGGAUGGCCAACGCCUUGCAUCAGGCUCGUACGAUAACACAGUCAAGAUCUGGGAUGCAACAACGGGUGCGUGCCUGCAGACGCUCGAGGGCCAUGGCAGUUGGGUGACAUCGGUGGUGUUCUCAGCAGAUGGCCAACGUCUUGCAUCAGGCUCGUACGAUAACACAGUCAAGAUCUGGGAUACAGCAACGGGCGCGUGCCUGCAGACGCUUAACGUUGGAGCAGAGCUAUCCCGCCUUUCAUUCGAUCCAACGACCAACUCUCGCCUCUGUACCGACAUUGGACUUCUGAACUUGGAUUCACCGAAUCUAACGCCUGCCGUUAACGUCCAGCCGACUGAGGAGGCUAUUUUACAACGUGCUAACCACUCUGGUUAUGGUAUAAGCACCGACAGGGUAUGGGUCGUGAAGGAUGGAAAGAACAUGCUUUGGCUAGCUCCGGAGUAUCGCCCCGUGAAAUCGGCUGUGGUGGGAUCAACGGUCGCUAUCGGCUGCAGCUCAGGCCGUGUACUGGUGGUGAAGUUCUCUUAGAGCGGAGGCAGGCAUACUUACCUCUUUGGUUACAAGCAUACAUGGGCAACCUGUAUAACAUGUUAAGAAAUCCGUCAACAUGUUAAACAGAACAAGAUAAGAAAAAAUACAGAUUACAGGAUAACAGGAUAAGAUAACCGGAUAACAGGAUAAGGAACACGAUAGUAAGCCAAUGAGGCGAUGAAACCAAACAAUUAAUUUGUCGGCUCUAUUCUAUAUCAAUCAAUAUCCUCUCUGUCUUCUAAAUCGUCAUCAGAAUUAGUAAGAUUGUUUUUUAAUGCGGAAAACAUCAUCGGUAACCCAAAUCCAC